UUGAAUGUCUGCGUCCACCCACAUCCAUUUUUGUCUUUGAUUAAAGCUGACAUCACCACAUCAUGUUUUUGGGGCUGGGCUGUGAGAGAGGAGACAGGGAGAGGGAGUGAGAGAAACUCAGUCUUGUUUCCUGCAGACAGCGUGCUAAGACUAUAUCAAUCUAGUAAAAAUGGCAAACAAGGGACCCUCCUAUGGAUUGAGCAGAGAGGUGCAGCAGAGGAUAGACCAGAAAUAUGACCCAGACCUGGAGGUUAUUCUUGUCCAGUGGAUCAUUGCACAGUGUGGCCCGACUUGUAAGGAGCCUGAAGCCCCAGGGAAAGAGGCCUUACAGAAGUGGCUUAAGGAUGGAGAGGUGUUGUGCAUACUGAUCAACUCUCUGGCCCCAAAAUCUGUGGACAGAAUCCAAAAAUCAGACAAGUCCUUUAAGCAGAUGGAACAGAUAUCACAGUUCCUGAGGGCCUGUGAGAAAUAUGGAAUCCCACCUACCGACCUGUUUCAGACUGUUGACCUUUGGGAAGGAAAGAAUAUGGCCAGUGUUCAAAGGACUUUGAUGAAUCUGGGAGGUAUUGCAGUCACAAAGAGUGAUGGAUUUUUCCGUGGUGACCCUAACUGGUUCCCAAAGAAGUCACAAGAAAACAAGCGUGCAUUUUCCCAGGACAAAUUAAAAGAAGGACAGAGCGUAAUUGGUCUGCAGAUGGGCACCAACAAAGGGGCAUCACAGUCAGGAAUGACAGGCUACGGCAUGCCAAGGCAAAUCCUCUGAUCAAUGAGACUACCAUAAGCACCUGGCUCAACUCAAGAUACAUCAUUCACAUGCCUACUACUUCCUGUUCUCUUCCUUCCUUCCUUCCUGUUUGUCCUCCCCCCAUUCUUUAAUGAAACACAUUCCUAUCUUGGCAACACCUCAACAAUGAGAUGCCUUUGAACCACUUUAUUGGCUUAAACAAUGAGGUUGUCUGACCCUCUUAUGUGGUUUAACACCACUGUAAAAUCUUAUAAAGUUAAUUUAGCCAAGGAUAAUGCUGUCUGAAAUAAUUUGUACCAAUAUGUCUGUAUGCCUUUAACUGAUGACGUGGACCUAAGCUUUAUUGAUAUCUCUCAUACUUUAUUGUGGGUUAUUUAAUAAUAAUGAUGAUGUUUUUGUGUCACGUGCAGCUGUAUGGCUGUCAAAAGGAGAGCAUUAUAUUCCCCAAUUAUUUACUGUACUAAAUAAACAGGAAUAGCAACCACUAAUAAUGCCUCCAAUAGCUGUGUAGUCUUAAUGUUUUAAUUCUCAGUGUUCUGUUUUUAGUACAGAAUUCGUGAAGAGGCCUUAACAUUCCACACCCUUUGUGCCUACUGUUUUAUGGGUUUAUUUUUAUUUCUUAAAACCAAAGAUUUUUUUUUACCAAAGUUCAAUGGACUGAUCACUUCGUUUUUACUGAUUCCCUGGUUGCUAAAUGUUAUCGUGAUAUAUCAGAGCUUUAGUGGGGAUACAAACCAACUGUGUAAAAGGGAAGAUGAUGUUUAGAUAUUCUUCCCAGCACAUUCCUUGUAAAUGACUUGGAAACUGUACAUUUUCCAUGGCUCUGCUGUCUACUAUGAUUGAGAUAUGAUGCUGAUAAAUAUACUUCUAAUCCAAAUAAAGACCAAUCUAUGUUUAUAAA